GUGACGUCAGUGAGCUGAUACUGACGGAUCAUGCGGCGCCGACCUAGUCCCUGUACCGCCACGUUAAUAUUGCUGCAGAGAUGAAGAAACAGCUCCUCAUGAGUCCUCAUGCUCACAGUCCUACCACACCCCAAACAACGCAAUCCGAAGGCCAAACCCGCCAUUCAGCCUUUCAAUUUCACCCCCAUCAACCUCUAUCCCAUCUGCCACGAUCACAAGAUCACAACACCCACUUAAACGCAGCGUUUGUACAAAACAACCAGCAGCCACCAACAGUAACCAUCGUUCCUGCUCCUGCUCACUCUUCUGCGCCUAAAUCUGUUCAGGCUUCUUCUCUGACGGCUCCGAGUCCCCAACCUGCUCGAAUAGUUGGACAAGGGAACACUCCUAGUACAACGCCGUCUGUUCAGUCAGUGCCCCUGACAUCUCCAGUCGUUGCAGAAGGAGUGGCGCAAGAGGGCGUUGCGACUGUCAUGUCGAGAACACCUUCCGCUACCUCGCCUAUAGGUCGUGAAGUUAAACCCAACGAACUUUCUUCUUCAGAGCUGGCGUCGAAGCCUGUAUUCUUGCGAUUAUUUAAUCACAUGUUCGAACAAGUGUCUGGUUUACCCAAAAUCGAGUAUGAAUGUACAUUUUGCCGGUGCGUUGGUUUGCACGAUAGCAAGACGCAUUGUUUGUCUCAAUUUGCGUUCCCAGGAAACGGGUCAUUCAAGGACAAGAGCCUGAGAGAGUCGGGGACGAUCCGAACGAAUGGAUGUCCCAUUGUAGGACAAUUCAUCCUAAGAUGUAUGCCAAGGCAAUGGUGGCGGCAUUGAAUGAGUCUGCGUCGCCAGCGCCGACGUCGCCGCCGACGUCUGCCGUGCCACCUACGUCUGCCAUGCCACCUUCUCUUGUCCAGUCAGCACCGCCAGCUACAUCCUCACCUCCAACACCGCCCCUUUCUUCGGAUCCUCCAGUGAUAUUGCAGUCUACUGAGUCCAUACCGACAGUGCCCC